AUGAGUUUCUUCAGCUCGCUGCAACAGUACGUGACGAGUGGCGUCGCCGGCCUGGGGCUGAAUCCGCGUCGCUUUUCCCUGUCCCGGCAGGAGUCGACGGAGGCCACGACGCCGGCCGCCACCGCCAGCAGCCCCAGCCCGCUGAUGCUGAUGGAUCCGAGCAAAAUGAACAACACCGGCGGUAUCCUGAUGGGACCACCGCCGGGCUCGGGUGGUUCCAUCGGGAGCGGCGGCAGUGCGGCGGGUGCUGGCUUCGGCGGAAUGAUGGGUGGAGCAGGAGCCACGCUAGGCUAUCCCAAAGUAGUGACACCCUCAGGAUCCGGAGGCAACAUCACACCGGGUGGUGGUUGUGGUGGUGGUGGCGUCGGUGGUGCCGCUGCUGCCGCCGGUGUAGCCGGUUCCAUAGGCCAAGGACCUUACGGUUCGGCAGCAGGCGCAGGCGUAGGAGGUGGCGGUGCUGGCAGUCCCGGUGGCGGUGGCCCCUCCAUUCGGCGCCAAUCGUCCUCCCGUGGACUGGAAGCUCUUGCGCCACCGGUCCGGCAGGGUUCCUUCCGGGGACGCAAUUCCCCGAUCAACCCCACGGCGCCGGACAAACCGUCGUUCUCGGUGUGGAAGCGACGACCCUCCUGGCCUGAGGUCGAAAUCAAAUCAUCGUCCGGACAACGGCACCGGUUGUCACCGGCACCGCUGAUAAGGAUCCAGGGCGAACCGGACCCGACGGCCGGUAGCGAGGAACGAAAAGACGGAAGCAUAACCGAGAUUGUCUAUCGGUUCGACAAAAUGAACCCGCCCUAUAACAGUGUGCUCAGUGCCAAUAACAAUAGUGUGCAAGAGAACGACGGAUCCUACUUCGAAAGUUUUACCGCCCUAUCCUGGAAGAAUGAAAAUCGACGUCUCUCGGCGGUACGAGCGGUGGAAACCCGCGCGGAAGUACUGCCAGAGAACGAUAACGACCGACUGCUGGAGGACGACAUCGAACGGUCCGAACAGAAGGAGCAUCUCUAUCUGGACGUCCUGUACGCGAUUGCCAACACAGUCGGUGCACCGGCACCGGGCGGACAGUACAGCGAAAAAAAGCUACUGCAAUUCGCCCACUACAAGGACGAGAUGUAUCUGCAAGCCCAGCGAGUGUUCAGCGUUUCUGCCGACAGGCACUACCGGCUGCUGCAUGCGGCCAAUGAGGAAAAACCCAAGAUUAUCGUGCUCACCGUGAUCGUGCAGGAAGCGGAAGGACUCGAAGCGAAGGAUGCUAACGGUUUCAGCGAUCCGUACUGCAUGCUGGGCAUACAGCCAUCGGGAACACCACCGCCCCCGUCACCGCAGCCACCGAUGACGCCGCGGACGCUCUCCGACACCGGCAUGGACAGUCUGGAAUCGCCGGAGCACGGCAAACUGCGCAAACAUCACAGCUUUCGGUUGAGCUUCAAGCGCAAGGACGGCCGCCAGCAGCGCGAUUCGGUCGGACCGGUUCCGGCCAAAUUCAUCCGAGCGACCUCGGUGAAACCGCACACGCUCUGUCCGAAGUGGAACGAAAAGUUUAAAUUCGACAUUGAUGACAUUCACUCCGACAUUCUGCACCUGGACAUUUGGGACCAUGACGACGAAAGCAGCGUGCUAGAUGCUGUUUCACGACUGAACGAGGUCAGGGGAGUUAGAGGUUUAGGUAGAUUUUUCAAACAAGUAUGCCAAUCCGCACGCCAAGGUUCGCAGGACGACUUCUUGGGUUGUAUCAAUAUUCCAGUCUGUGAUAUUCCUUCAACUGGCUUGGAAGGUUGGUUUAAAUUGGAAGCGAGAAGCUCUCGCAGCUCGGUGCAGGGACGAAUCCGACUGAAGCUGUGGCUCUCAACUCGCGAGGAUCGCGGUACCUCCGAGGAGGACAACACCCUGGAGGUGAAAAAGUUCGAACGACUGCAAACUAUUUUCAUGAUGCACGAACUGCACUCCCACGAGCCAGCCUGGAAAUGGAACGGUGAACUGGCGGGACCAUCGCUGACCAUCCUGCACCAAAUAGCGGUUCAAAGUGAUCUCUCCGAUCUGCAAAUUUCUUUGGCAAAAUUGGUAGCGAUUAUCCGGCUCAAUCGUAAGAAGCCAUUGGACACAAAGUUUAUCCAUCGACAGCUGAUCGAGGUGGACAAACUGUGGGUUAACAACUACAACAACGAACCGUUGACACGAGAGUUGGAACAGUGGUUGGCGGAUUCCCUGAACGGAUUUGUCGAGCGUUCGCUUUGCCACAUGCGACGUCAUCGGGAAGUUUUCCCCGCCCUACAUCCACCGUCACUGGUUCGGUUGGAGUUCCUUCUUCGUUGUUUAGGGUUGCUCGGUUCAAUGCGAGCUUUCCGCCAGGUAAGUCCGUUCAGCAAAGGCGUUCGAGGCGAAAUUGUUGGCGCUUUACGAAAAGGAUCGAUCACGUGGUCUCAAGCACAACUUCGCGAAGCUCAACGUGCACCAAAUCCGUUGGUGCACUACACCACGAUCUUGAUUGCGGAUCUCCAGCUUGGAGUGACCUACUACCAUUCGCUGUUCGAUACAACAAACGGUAUUCAGUACUUCAGCAUAGUUUACAAACAGUUUGACUCUUUGCUCUCCGAGGAGGUUACCAACCGCAUCGAAUCGGGCCAACUGCCGGGUACGAUCGUAAAUCACUGGACAAUCUUGGACAACGAUCGCGAACCGGACACGGCCCCGUUCGAGAUCUACUUCGCACUGCAAGAGUUUCACAACAUGAAGUCUCACCUUUCGGUAACACCGCAACCUCCGGAAAAACCCCUCGGACUGCAGAACUUCCACGAGUGGUUCGAACCGGCCGUUCAGCGAUGGAUUUCGGUUAGCAAAACCAAAGCCAUCCAGCGCAUCAAGGCUGCGGUCAACGUCGAUCAGCUGUGCGAAGGCGAACGGAUCGUGCGGCACAGUACGUCGUCAAUCGAUACCGCAUCGUGCUUCUACCAGAUACGGGAGUUUUGGAAGAACCUUUCCUGGCCGGAUCACGGCUCCGGAGCACACUACGAAGCACUGAUCAUCGAUCUGGUUUGUACCACAGGAAACGUCUAUUCGGAUUUGAUCCAUCAAAACUUAACGGAAAGCGGGUACUACGACAAACAGGGUCCACAACGUACGGCCGAUGAUAUGUGCGUUAUCGUCAACAACCUGGAGUACGUUCGACGAGCAUUGGCUGAAUUUCAUCCGGAAACGCACCAUCUCACGGAGAAUGCGGAAAAUUUGCUUGAUAACACGAUUGCUCAAUUGGAAAACAAAGCCGAUCGAGUGCUGGCGAAGCUGACGGCUUCCAUGCAAGGUCCCCUGCAGAAGGCCGUGUUCCAUCUGGCUUGGUCGCCGGAUUCGCUUCCAGCGAAUCAAGCAGUGAUGCCUCUUUUGGAAUAUCUAGACCAACAUCUAGCAACGUUGAACGUGACACUUCUCUCGCAGAACUUCUACCGAGCAAUGAGUCUCAUUUGGAACAGCGUGUUGACGGAAUUCGCCAAACAAAUGGAUGCUGGCGGGGAAGGUGACAAGCCGAGUAACUUCCACGAUCGAAUGUAUGGUGCGUUGCAACUGCUCGGAGAGUUCUUCAAUGCCGAAGGCUUAGGACUACCGCCGGAGAUUCUGCACAGCGAUCUGUACUGGCGCGUUGCUCAACGAUUACAGUAUCAUAAAACCGACACCGACACGUUGAUCGAUCUGUUCUAUCUGCAAAGACUGCAGGAACAGCUGAACACGGUCGGACCGACCGGGCUGGGAGUGUUGUCCGUGAAGGCGUACUUCAAUCACGACUCGCUGUGCGUCGAAGUGCUGAAUGCCAAGGAUGUCAUCCCGCUGGAUCCGAACGGGUUCAGCGAUCCGUUCGUGAUCGUAGAACUGAUGCCGCGGCGGCUGUUCUCGCACUGCUCCGAGCAGCAGACCAAUGUGCACAAGAAAACGCUCCACCCGGUGUUUGAUGAAUGUUUCGAAUUUUCGAUCACGCAAGAACAAUGCCAGGCGGAAGCUGCCAUGAUUGUGUUCACCGUAAUGGACCACGAUGUGCUAACUGCGAACGAUUUUGCCGGCGAAGCGUUCCUGUCGCUGACGAACAUCCCCGGCGUGUCCAGCAAUUUUAACAUGAACAUUGAAAACUUUGACUGCGUGGCCCAGAUGGAUUUGCCGCUGCUGGAGAUGAAAGACAAAAGUCACCCUAUCCUGUUGAUUCUCGAAGGGAGGGUCAGUGAUAAAAACGCCAUGGAUUUUGUGAGAAAGCAAAAAGCUCGUGUCGUAGGCUAG